GUGAUUAUUUUGAUUUUCACGUGAAUUAUCAAUACCCGACGGCUUGGCAAUUUUAUCGCCUUUUACUGCCCAGCCUUUCGUUCAUCGAUACGUUUGAUCUAUCCAUCUAUCUUUGCCUAUGAUACGACCCCAACUUGCUUGAACAUCUUCAGAACUCCGCUAUUUGCGUGAGUUAUGGCGUUUCUGACGUGGUGCUCCUAUUUCGUCGGACUGUGGGCAUCGGUCUAUUUGACCGAUACCAUUCUUCGUUCCAACCCGUACACGCGGCAACGCUACUAUGAAUUCACUGCACGAUUGGGAAUUUCCUUCGAUAUUCUGCAAGCCCGAUUCUUCACACAGAGACUGAACCAACUCUUCCAGGUCUUGUGUCGCUUUGACUUUGUGCCGUGGAAAGCAUGGUUCACAUGUGGUGUGGUCUUCUCUACCAUAUGUAUGUUUCUCAGUAUUGGCUUGCUAUCUCUUUUGGUUUACAACACGCUGACGAAGAAAUCGAUCAAAGGAGGGACGUUGACUCCUGUGAUGCCUGGUGUGAACCUCCCCAUUAGUCAUGUGGGCUUUUAUAUGCUUACGCUACUCCUGUGCGCUUUUCUACACGAAGCAGGGCAUGCCAUGGCUGCUUUGCGUGAACGUGUUCGUUUACAUGGAUUCGGUGUGUUUUUGUUUGGAUUCUACCCCGGUGCUUAUGUGGACUUGAAUACGGCGGAUCUUCAGAGCCUCAAACCACUUGGUCAGUUGCGUGUCUAUUGUGCUGGAGUGUGGCACAACGUCAUCAUUGCCGUACUUAGUGCAGCAGUGUUCUACGCUAUACCACUUCUCCUUUCCCCCGGUUACCAUAUCGGUACCGGUGUUGGGGUCACUUUUUUGCGAGAGAAUUCCGUUGUUACUGGACACCGUGGUCUAUCGCUUGGUGAUGCGAUCACACGGAUAAAUUCUUGUCCGGUUACCAACCAGUCAGACUGGUAUCGUUGUUUGGAGGAAGCCCAUACAGACCCAUCAGGCUACUGUGUUUCCGGGCACUUUCUAAGGUCACUAGACCCAAAUGUUCGAAAGGUACCAAAACUGCACGCGGGUCGGAGAAAUUUGGCAGCGGUCGUGUCGAAAUCAGCGCAUGAACCGGAACAAUCAGUAAACGCACACUCUUUAACAGACUGUUGUGCACAUCAGUCUGCGUCCACUCAUCUGUGCUUCACCUACUCCGUUCCGUCCACAUCGGAUUCUCGGACAAAACGAUACGCAUGUCUACCUGCCCGUACGGUUACCGAGCAAGCAGCGUGCCGUACUACUUCUGAUUGUGGAUCACACACCCUCAUACGGACUGCAGAUGACACGGAUGGUGCUCAAGGCCCAGUACACUCGUCCGUCCUCGAGCGUCCAAUGAUGUGUGUGGUGCCUAGUCCACCAGACAAUCAGACGCGUCUGGUGCGUUUGGUGCAUAACCGCAAGGACGCCCCCGCCAUCUUGUUUCUUGGCCCUCUAGAAGACCUACUUGCCUCUGUGGGCGUGUCAGACUAUGUGUCUCGCUGGCCGGGCAUUUUUCCACCCAAUUUUCCAGCCGUUCUGGGACUAUUUUGCACCUACCUAUUCUCACUAUCCGGUGCACUGGUCAUCUUGAAUGUGGUGCCGUGCUAUGCGCUCGACGGGCAGUGGAUUCUCAAAGCCCUCAUAGAACUGUGCUUUUCUCGUUUGCUUCCCUGUAAGCACAAACGUCAUUUUAUUUUCCGUAUUCUUCUUUUCGUCGGCACAAUGCUUCUUUGUAGCAACGUGGUCUUGGCAUUUUGGUACUUUUUCCUCGACGCCAACCUUGGAUCAGUACGAUCCCUCGUCCCAUCGGAACCAGCGCCCGUCGAUGUAAGAGACGUCACCUGAACAUACCUCUCUUGUCACAUGUUCCCCUGAAGUUCACCGGCUGCCUCCAUAAGCCAUCGUCUCGUUGUUUUGUCAAUUCCGAACUAGAGCAGCUCUGAAUUUCCCUUACCCCCAUCCCUUUGCUGUGAUCUCCGAUUAUUUUGGACUUCUUCUCUACGAAAAUGUUUCACAAGUCAUACGACUGCGUUUGGUUUUUCUGUGCUACUAUUCAUG